AUGCAGAGGUGGUGUGUCGAGAGCUGGACUGUGGGGCUCCUGUAGAAGUGCUGGGAGCAGCUGCAUUUGGAGAGGGAAAGAAACAGAUGUGGUCAGAGGAGAUCCAGUGUGGAGGCAACGAGACUCAUAUUCAACUCUGCCCAACAUCUGCUCUGAAUAUCAACUGCUCACAUGACAGGGAUGUGGGGUUAGUUUGUUCUGGUAAGCACAUGAUCUUUUUAAAAUUACUUUAAUGCUUAUUUCUUAUUUUUACAUAUAUUUUUUUUUUACAUAUUUACACAUACCAUUUUAUGACAUGGUGUGAUUUUGUGUUUUCAUCAUUUGGCUGCUACAAAGUUACCUGUUCACAAAGAUGAAAACAAAGGCCUCCUCUCUGUCUCUGCCCUGCCCAGGAUACACAGAUGCCAGACUGGCAAAUGGCACUGAUUCCUGCUCGGGCCGAGUGGAGCUCAAGUACCUCAGUGAAUGGGGCACAGUGUGUGAUGCAUCCUGGGACAUGAAUGCCUCCAGCGUGCUCUGCCAUCAGUUGAACUGUGGGAGAGCUGUGGCUGUUGUAGGGGCAGAGUGGUUUGGUGAGGGGAGUGGAAGCAUCUGGCCUGAUGUGUUUGUGUGUGAAGGGAAUGAAACUGGCCUCUCAGAAUGUGGAAUCACCUGGUGGAGUCGAGCUGCAUGCUCCCAUAGACAGGAUGCUGGAGUGAUCUGCUCAGGUUCAUUCUUCCCUCUGGACAAUGGGACUGUGCGCUUGUCUGGAAGGAGCCGUUGUGAGGGAGAGGUGGAGGUUCUAUUUAGCCAGAGGUGGAGGAGAGUUCUGCUGGACUCCUGGAAUCGAUCUGAAGCCUCCGUGGUGUGCAGACAGCUGGCAUGCGGUUCUGCUGUUGGGUUCUCUGGUUCUGCUGAGACGGAGGGUGAUGGGUGUGUCUCAGGGUUCCGAUGUUCUGGACAUGAGACUCACCUGGGAAACUGCAGCACUCCUCAGAUGCUAAACUGCAGUUCUAGCCUGCACGUGACCAUUGUCUGCUCAGGCCAUCAGCCAGUCAGGUUGGUGGGAUCUGGAGGAGAUUGCGCCGGCCGGCUGGAGGUGUCACACAACGGCUCGUGGGGGACUGUGUGCGAUGACUCCUGGGACAGGGAGGAUGCCCAGGUAGUGUGCAGACAGCUGCAGUGUGGCACCGCCCUCAGGGCUGAGGUACCUGCAUCCUUUCAUCCAGGAGACGUGCCCAUCUGGCUGAGCGAGGUGGGCUGCGCAGGUGACGAGACGAGCCUGUGGGAGUGUCCCUCAGCAGGGUGGGGACACCAUGACUGCUCACACAAAGAGGAUGUGUGGGUCAUGUGCUCAGGGAAAGUGGGGGACGGUUGUGACGACUCCUGGGACAAGAAGGACGCCCAGGUGGUCUGCAGGCAGCUGGACUGUGGGAGCCUGUGGAUGUAG